GUACCUGCUCGACUGCCUGCAUGCCUUUGCACCAUGACGGAAACAGGUAUCAAUCAUUGCUAACACAGCACUGCUAACUAAAGAAGGGUUGAGGUUAUGAGAAGCUUAAAGAAGACUGACUGAUGCCCAGUGUAAGCCCCAUUGACACUGCACUGUGGGGUUCAGGUCAAUUAAUACACACAUUACAGCAACAAUGGCUUCACCUAGACCCCGCCGUCGACGCAACAGCAUGGACCUACCAACAAACCUGUCAUCUGAUCUUGUUCAUCUCAAUGAGGAAUUGAAUAGACUUAAUAAGGACAUUUCUCCUCAGUGUGAUCAACAUAUGAAAAAUGUCCUCGAUCACAUCGACCAGUUUAAAAAUGAUAGCAGAAUUUUUAUUAAUGCCUUUAAAGGAGGAGCAGUAGCAGGAAUAAUUGCAUUUGUGCUAUCAAUUUCAUCUUUAUUUUUAAAUGAUGACGAUGAUUCUGUCAUGGCUAUCGCAGCAGGAGCAGCUCUGACUGUAGUUUCUGGAUUAUUAGUUGUUUUUGGGAAAUUCCAGAAAAAAAGGAAAGUGAAAAACUUAAAACGAGUCAUUGAAGAGGAACUGAAGGAAUUUCAGGAUAAAAUUACACCUCUUAUUGACAUUCUGGAAACAAUGUGUCAGCGCACUGAGGAAAUAAUGAGUGAACUCUUGCUAAAAUACCAGAAAGCCCAGGUAUUACGUGAACGUCUUGCCUUCUUUGAUAAAAUGCGCCUCUUUCAGGAAGUGGACUUCAGUAAAGAGGGAGACCAGAUGUCUAAAAUGAAGCAUUUGUCUGGAAACCUUUCACAUAUGAUCGCCAAGGUUACCUCUGUGUCUGAUAUCAUCAAAGAGAUCACAGAAGAACGCAGGAGGCAAUAUGACAAACCCGUCGAUGCCACUUAUAAAGAAGUAAAUGUAAGGGACAUUAAGAAACAAACAGAGCAAAUGAUUAAUGAAAUGAAGAAGACUAUUUGUCAGCUGAGAAAUAUAGUGAAAGAAAGCUCAAAAAUAACUGACAGAAUGUAAACUAUUUGAAUUCUACCUGACCUUUAUUUUAUCUCCCUGAUCGAGGACAACCAGCAACUAUCAUAUUAUAUAAAAUAAUUACAUUUUCUCGCUUUAUAAAGAAAAGUGGAUAUACUUUGUUAAAUGCUGAAAUCCAGAUGUAAAUUGAUGUUGAAUAUUAUGUGUAAACAUAAGUAAACAUUCACAAAAUGUACUAGGGAAAAAACAAGUAUUCAACACGUCACCAUUUUUCUCAGAAAACAUUUUUCUAAUUGUGAUGUUGACUUGAAAAAUUUCCCGGAUGUCGAUAAUAACCAAAGAAAUCCACAUGUGCAAAAAAAAAAAAAAAAAAACAGA